AUGUCAAACCAACAAGAUAUCAAGACCUACCGUGGCAACUGCCACUGCAAGGCCUACGUCUUCGAGGCCAAGCUGCCUGAGAUCAAAAAGGUCGAUCGCUGCAGUUGCAGCAUUUGCUACAAGAAAGGCGCGCUGUGGUUAUUCCCCAAACGCAACGACGUGACCUGGGUCAAGGGGGAGGAGAGCACUUUGAAGACCUACAAUUUCGGUAGGAAGCGGUUUGAUCACAAGUUCUGCCCGACCUGUGGCACCUCCAUCCUGGGCGUUGGAUACAUCGAGCCGCCGAAGCCAGGCGAGGACAAGGAACCGGAAUUCUGUCUGAACGCCCGUACUAUACAAGGUCUCGAUAUCUGGAGCCUUGAGGAGCGUGUCUUCGACGGCGGCUCAAUCCCCCCUGCAUACGAGCCCCCUCAAUUCACCGGCACCGAGCCUCAGGCUGAGUUGGAGGGCGGCAAGUUGUUCUACGGGAGUUGCCACUGUGGUGCAGUCCGACUAGCGCUUAAAUCACCUCUGCUCGACGAGACCUACGAUGACCGAGUGAUCGAGUGCAACUGCAGCAUCUGCGGAAGGGUAGGUCUCCCCGCUCUCCCCAAAGCCGCCCUCAUCCUCUCUGUGACCCUGAUGCGCUGGCUGACCAAUACACAGUACGGCACGACCUGGAUCUACCCAAAGAAGGAGUACGUCGCCGUGGAGGGAGAAGACAACAUGACCUAUUACGGUAUGGGCAUGGGCAUAUUCCUGAAGGGUUUCUGCAAGACCUGUGGCGUGCCCGUUGAGAACAAAGCUACCGAGUUGAGCGACGAGAAGAUAGCUGCUCUGCCGGAAGGCGCCAGGUUCUGGCAUGCCCGCGGGAAAACCUUUAGAAGUCUCAACGGCAAGGUGUUGAACGGAGUGGACUUGGGGCCCUUGAAGAAGGAGCGCAUCGACGGCUGGCAGCUCAUCAAGCCAGAGUAUGUCAACCCCUAG